GUGUGUGUACCGCUGUCAAAAGAUGCACAGUAAAGAGAGAGAGAGACACACAGAGAAAUAGGAAGGACGAUGUGAGAAAAUCCGAAGGGCGACAUAAUUGGACAAACACUCAAGACGGUGAAGACGACAAAGAGUCAGAAAGAAUAAUGAUGAGAAGAGUUGGGGGAGCAAAAAGAAAGCAUGAAGAGCAGCGGACGAACGUGCGUCAAAAGGAAAUUAAGCGGCAAUGACUGCAAAACCCAAUGAGCCAUCAUGGAGGAUCGUUCAUCCACACAAUCCUUCUCCAACCUCCACCACCACCACCGCCGCCCAUCCUUUCCCAUCGCCCUGCCCAGCUUUCAGAGCUCAGAAGUGGGAUACUUGUCCUCUCAGCCCCCCCAGGAUCCUCUGGAGCAGUUUGGGAGUAGAGGGGAAGAAUCCACAACCUCAUUCUUGACAUCAAGCUCCUCCUCUGGGCCAAGAAGGGCGAGCAGUGGAGGCGACAGAGUUUAUUUAAACACAAGUACGAGCAGCUUGGAUGGAGAUGCUAGUUUAGGAGGCCAUCUCGAUGGAGACAGCGGCCUAGGCGGCCAUUUUGAUGACACUUGGUAUAGCAGCAUCAAAAAAGAAGCUUGGGAUGAUGGGGAGAGCUGUGAAAGCCCCGCAGAGGAUUUUCAUGGUAAAAGUGACUGCAACGGUAACACAAAUGAUGUUUUUUACAUGAUGAACUGUGCCAGCGAGGAAGGAGUGAGGCGUAGAGUCAGAGCAAACUAUAAUAAUUACGGCCACGCUAGCUGUGAGGCUAAAAGUGAAUCACUGUUCAACAGGGAGGCAAACAUAAGCCACUUUAUGAAACAAACUAAUUACUGCAACAGGAGCGGAGGAGGAAGCUUUAAUGACAGCAAUGUAGAUUACUGCAGGACAGAUUCGAGGGUGAGUGAUAACUAUUUAGGAGGAGAAGAAGAUUAUGGGUCCAGCUGUGGCUCAGGUGAGGAUCAGCUUCAACCAACAGAGGCUGAGGCUCCAUGGCUCAGUGUUUCUCCCUCGGGUCAGGAGGAAAACAGGUGGAGAGUAGCAGCAGACAGCCACACUUUGGCCUCAGGGUAUCCACUGCAGAGAUCCCAUAUUAGCAUCAACAGCAGGACGUACACUCAGAAACUGGACUCCUUCUCUGAGGCUUUCCUCUCCCAGCGGAAGGGAAGAUUCCCUGUGAUUCCCGGUGGAGAUACCUCUGGACAAAUGUGGGAAUUUGGAGGCGGGAGAGGAGAAACCCCUGGACCGAUCAAGUCGAGGCAAAGCUGUGCUUUUGACUCGGACUCCUACCAGCCUCCCUCCUCCUCUUCCUCCCCCGCUCACCCUUCACAUCCGUCUUUCCCGUCUCCUCCCACAUCGUCUCACCUCAUGUCUUCAGUUCUCAGUCCUCCUCCCACACCUUUACCUCCUCCGUCCCACUCGCCCUCAAAAAUGGACUCUCCCGGUGCGUUCGGGAGCAUCGGACAUUCAGCUACUCAGGGAGAAUCUCUUAGUACGCUGCAGUUUUUCACGCCCCGCCUUCAGUCUGUGCCUUCUGGGAUGAUCUGGAAGUUUCCACUGCUGUCACAUUGCUUCCCACAGUCAUCCAGCGACCCCAGCAGCGACCCCAGCAGAUCCUCCCACGGUGAUGACUACGGACACAUCGCAGCCACACGUGACAUCCUGCAGUGUCCUGAAUCAUCGUUCCUCACUUCUCCGUCCCAUCGCUCAUCCCUCCAUCCAUCCAGAGCCCUCCAGUGUUCCUCCAGUGGUCCAUCCCUUGUUACCUCUUUCCAUCUUCCCCCUCAUGCAUCUCUCCUCUCUGGGCAACAUCAUGAGGCAGCAGAAAAGAAACUUCCUUACCUGGUGACCCAAAAAGUAAAGAAUGGACCUGCCAGUCUAAACCAAACACACCUACAGCAACAAGCAACUCCGAUCUACACUGGAACACCAUUUCCCAGCAUCCUUCACUCCAGUAGAGGUCAGAGGAGGGGUCGCUACACUCCUCGGCCUCUCCUCAAUCCAGCCCGCAGAGGGACAGGACUCUACUCCUCCCUGACAUCUCCCCAUCACAGAGAGGAAGAAACAGCGAGUGGACAGAAUGAGGAACCGUGUGGUGUGUUACUACACGUCAAUGUGGGUCCUGAUUUCCAGGCAGAUCUUCCUCCGUGCUUCGGAGAUGGUGGAUGGUCAUCGGCGUGGUCACCACAGGAAGAAACUCCUCGGGAACAGUUGCUGUGGAAACCGUGGGACAAUCUGGAGGAGAAUGCUCACUUACAAAACCAAGUGGAGAAGCUGUUGUCCAUGUGCAGUUCCAGCUGCCUACCAGGAGGAGGCAGUAAUACUGAGCUGGCCCUGCACUGUCUGCACUAUUGUCAGGGGAACACAAUGGCCACACUGGAGAUGCUGUUGUUCUCACAGCCCUCACCGACAGGAGACUACCACUACUCUGGCUGUGAUUUUUGGACUGACACUGAAAAGAAUCUCUUCAGUGCAGCUCUUGGGACUUAUGGAAAAGACUUUUCAGUCAUAGAGAAGACGGUGAAGACUAAGACAGUCAGACAAUGUGUUGAGUUUUACUACAUGAGCAAAAAGCUCCUGGACAAGCAGAAGAAGCAGCAAGAGGAGGAGAGCAGAGAUGGAGUACUGGAGCAGCAGAAACAUGUGACGCCCAUCUGUCAGCCAGUGGGCAGACGGUUUACACUGGAGGAGGCGGUUCCUGUGCCCUCAUUGGCCAGCUACUUCCCCUGUAAGCUGUGUGGAAAAAUGUUCUAUAAAAUCAAGUCCCGUAACGCCCACAUGAAGAUCCACCGGCAGCCUCAGGAGGACUGGGCCGACCGGCGGCUGCAGCAGCAGCUCCUCACCCAGCGUCUGGCCCUCCGUUGUCCCACCAACCUCAUGCAAACCCCGGCCAGUAACCUGCUCCCACCCCCAGCUGCUCCAGCUCUGACAUUUCCCCCCUCAGGUCUCCCUGGAACGUCCAGCAACAACAGCAACGCAGAUCACAACUCUGUAACCAACAGCAACCCCAUCACUCCUACCAGUGCCAGUGUCCUCGAUCCCAGCACAGCUGUAACAUAUAACAGCAUCGCUCCUCCAAAUUCUCAUGUAAUCAGCAACAUUGACGGCAGUGACUCAAAUCUAACAGAGCCCACCUCUGUCUUACCCUUCCACCAGUCAUGGAGCUCCUUUGGACACCCUCCAAACCAGGCUACGUUCUACUGCAACUCUGCAGCGAAGGAGGAUGUAGGAGCUGGGACAGUGGUGGGAAAAGAGGCAAUCGACUGGUAGUAGUGUUCACCUCUCCUAAAAGCAUUACAAUCCCUGAGGUAUGAGACUCAUCAAAUUGUGCAUUUUAAAUCAAACUUGUUUCUUAUUCAAACUUCAGUACUUUUUGCAAACAAUUUAAGAGAUGUUUAUUUUUUAGGAGUUUUUUUUUGUAAAUUUUGUACUUAAAUGUGUUAUGUAUUUAAAUGUUCCCUAUACAUUUUACAUCUGAAUAAAAUUUGUAACAGUA